AUGGCUUCAAUUACCGAAGCGAGGGCAUCUCCGAAUCCAGGGGAUCUCGAAGUGGACUCCGGUGGGUUUGGAAGGCAAGGUCGCUGGACAGUGAAAAAACGUGAGGAAGACGGAGGUCUUGAAGUGGACUCUGGCGGUUUUGGAAGGCAAGGCCGCUGGACGGUGAAAAAACGCGAGGAAGACGGAGGUCUUGAAGUGGACUCUGGCGGUUUUGGAAGGCAAGGUCGCUGGACAGUGAAAAAACGUGAGGAAGACGGAGGUCUUGAAGUGGAUUCUGGCGGUUUUGGAAGGCAAGGUCGCUGGACAGUGAAAAAACGCGAGGAAGACGGAGGUCUUGAAGUGGAUUCUGGUGGUUUUGGAAGGCAGGGCCGCUGGACGGUGAAAAAACGCGAGGAAGACGGAGGUCUCGAAGUGGAUUCUGGUGGUUUUGGAAGGCAAGGCCGCUGGACAGUUAAAAGGAGCUAG